AUGUUUGAUGAUUACGUGCGUAUUGGGUCUCAGAUGUUGACCGCUGAUGGAGUUUUAGUGAACACAUGGCAGGAUCUGGAGAGCACAACAAUUGGGGCCCUCAGAAAUUUGAGAGAGACUAUUAAAGAUGUGCCGGUUUACCCCGUUGGGCCACUGAUCAGACUAGUUCUACUGUCCGAUUCGAGGAGUAGUGUAUUGCAUUGGCUAGACAUGCAAAAUAGGGAAUCAGUUCUCUAUGCCUCGUUUGGGAGUGGUGGGACUUUAUCAAGCCAACAAAUGACCGAGCUGGCAUGGGGGUUGGAGCUGAGCUACCAGAGAUUUGUUUGGGCGGUACAUGUUGUACACCCACCCAUGGGGCACGGUGAACUUGAUUAUCUUACCGCGGCAACCAACGGCUGUGAUGGGUCUUUAGAUUUCUUGCCUGAUGGGUUUUUGGCCCGGACUAAGGAUGUGGGCCUGGUGGUCACGUAUCAGUAG